AUGGCGGACGACUUCGAGGCACCGUGGGUGGAGAAGUACCGGCCGCGCGUGCUGGCGGACGUGGUGGGCAACCGCGACACGGUGGCGAGUCUGCAGGCCAUGGCGCAGGCGGGCAACAUGACGAACCUGAUCCUGUCGGGCCCGCCGGGCACGGGCAAGACCACGAGCAUCCUGUGUCUGGCGCGCGAGCUGCUGGGCGCGAGCAUGAAGCAGGCGGUGCUGGAGCUCAACGCGUCGGACGACCGCGGCAUCGACACGGUGCGCAGCAAGAUCAAGAUGUUCGCGCAGCAGAAGGUGACGCUGCCCCCGGGCCGCCACAAGAUCGUGAUCCUGGACGAGGCCGACUCGAUGACGGCCGCGGCCCAGCAGGCGCUGCGCCGCACCAUGGAGAUCUUCUCGGCCACGACGCGGUUCGCGCUGGCCUGCAACAACUCGACCAAGAUCAUCGAGCCCAUCCAGAGCCGCUGCGCCAUCCUGCGCUACACGCGGCUGCCCGACGAGAUGCUGCUGCGUCGGCUGCUCACGGUCUGCCAGGAGGAGAAGGUCGGCUACAAGGAAGAAGGACUGGCCGCACUCAUCUUCACGGCCGAGGGGGACAUGCGCAACGCGCUCAACAACCUGCAGGCCACCGCCAGCGGCUUCGGUUUCGUGAGCGACGAGAACGUGUUCAAGGUGUGCGACCAGCCGCACCCGGCGGUGGUGCGAGAGAUCCUCAACCAGUGCGCCAAGGGCGAGCUGGACGGCGCGGAGAAGCAGGCGGUGGAGCUCUGGAAGAGCGGCUACUCGUCGCUGGACAUCAUCGGCACCAUUUUCAGGGUGUGCAAGGCCCUGCCCAUGGAGGACGAGAAGCUCAAGCUCGAGUUCAUCAAGCUCAUCGGCGCCACGCACAUGUGCAUCGCGGACGGCGUGUCGACGCUGCUGCAGAUCCACGGACUUGUGGCCAGACUGUGCUCGGCUGCAUUGGCGGCCAAGACUGGGUGA